AUGUUCCGUCUGAAGAUGCUUCCACUUCUGCUGUUACUCCACAUGCAGCUUUCCAAGGCCUUUCUAGUACAUUCUGAACUCCUACAAGAGAAAACUGCAAAAAUUGUUCAGAAUUACCUAGAAAAGUUCUACCAAUUACCAAGGUACAAAUAUCAGUCUGAAAGGAAGAAGAGCACUAGUGUGAUUGUUGAGAAACUUAAAGAAAUGCAGCGCUUCUUUGGGCUGAACAUAACAGGGAAGCCAAAUGAGGAAACCUUGGAGAUGAUGGGAAAGCCUCGCUGUGGGGUGCCCGAUACUGGCGAUUUUAUGAUAACUCCAGGAAACCCCAAGUGGAAGCAAACUAAUCUGACCUACAGGAUUAUUAACUAUACCCCAGAUUUGUCAGAGGCUGAAGUGGAAACAGCUCUUGAGAAAGCCUUUAACCUCUGGAGUCACGUAUCACCCCUGAACUUCACCAAGACCUCACAGGAAGAAGCAGAUAUCAAGAUUGCCUUUCUCCAAGGAGAUCAUGGGGACAAUUCUCCAUUUGAUGGACCCAAUGGAAUCCUUGCUCAUGCCUUUCAGCCAGGCCCAGGUAUUGGAGGAGAUGUUCAUUUUGAUGCAGAAGAAACAUGGACCAAAACCUCCAGAAAUUACAACUUGUUUCUUGUUGCUGCCCAUGAAUUUGGCCAUUCCUUGGGGCUGGCUCAUUCCUCUGACCCUGGUGCUUUGAUGUAUCCCAACUAUGCUUUCAGUGAGCCCAGAACCUACUCGCUCCCUCAAGAUGACAUCAGUGGCAUUCAGGCCAUCUAUGGACCUUCGAGCAACCCUGUGCAACCUACUGGACCAACCACACCCACAGCCUGUGACCCCAGACUGACAUUUGAUGCCAUCACUACACUCCGCGGAGAAAUACUUUUCUUUAAAGACAAGUACUUCUGGAGAAAGCAUCCUCACCUACGAAGAGUCGAACUCAAUUUCAUUUCUCUCUUCUGGCCAUCCCUGGUAAAUGGUAUACAGGCUGCUUAUGAGGAUUUUGACAAGGACCUAAUUUUCAUAUUCAGAGGUAAUCAGUAUUGGGCUGUAAGUGGCUAUGAUAUUCAGCAAGGUUAUCCCAAGAAUAUAGCAAACUAUGGCUUCCCAAGCAGUGUCCAAGAAAUAGACGCAGCUGUUUCCUACAGGGGAAAGACAUACUUCUUUGUAAACAACCAAUUCUGGAGAUAUGAUGACCAAGGUCAAUCCAUGGAACCAGGUUAUCCCAAAAGCAUAGCAAGUAGCUUUCAAGGAAUAGAAAGUAGAGUUGAUGCAGUUUUCCAGAAGAAUUCCUUCUUCCUUUUCUUCAGUGGACCAAGAUAUUAUGCAUUUGAUCUUAGUGCUCGUAGGAUUACUAGAGUUGAAAGAAGCAAUAGAUGGCUUAACUGUAGAUAA